AUGAGAGAAUUUAAUAAUGCAAACUUAAAGAAAAGGAGGUAACAUGAUCUGUACGUGUAUGUUGAUUAAGAUUAAAAAUCAUCCAUUCAGAAAAUCUCCAUAAAAUCUGUGACUACCUGGGCAUAGUCGCGUUUAAAAACUGCCAGAUCAGGAAUUAUAUUAUGCCUCACAUCGUUCUUCUUCAUAGUAUUCAACGUUUCGUUGUUGCAUCUAAGUGACAAUUACAAUGAAAGAGGCGAUGGCGGAAGGAAGAAAAAAGACCCACUGACAAUGAUUUUCGAGAGAUAGUGGUGGUGAUGAUCAGAUAAAGAAAAUGAUAAGUUUUAGCCCUCCAUGAAUUGCAGCUGAGGAAGACUGGUACUAAACUAAUAAAACCGCUCGGGAGUGAAAAAGCCGAUAAAGGCAACAUUCCUUCUUCUGCACUGGCUAGCGUCUACCCUGAGAUUUUUUUUACAGGCUCAUUAGGGAUAAUCCUAUUGAUCCGAUUGGAUUGUUUCUUAAAGCGAGCCCUACUCGAUGGUUUUGUUUCUUUAUCAUUCAGGCGUCUUAACAGCUUGGUAAUGGCAGUCGCAAUGGAUCCGAAGCCGACACUUUUGAAAAGAAAUGCCGUCAUGAAGUUUAGAAAUCAAAAGGCAAGAAAUCUACAUAAAAUUGAAAUCAUAUGACAUGUAUGAUGAAAUAUAUCAACGACUGAAAAAAACGAAAAAUGGGUACAUGGAAAGAAUACUUUACUUUUAUAUUAAUGAUUAGAUUUUCCGAAAGUAUUAACUGUUGGGCUGAAUGAAACAGUAUCUUAUUCAUUAGUCUCUUGACGCAACCAGGCAUUGUGUGUUUUGGAAAGGAUUUGAUUCCAAACGGUAAGCAUGAUUAUUUUGUGGUAGUCACGCAGUAUUUUGUAGUACUAAAUUAAAACUUCUGUCCUCGGCGAACGUGUCCAUUGUAUGACCUAAAACAUGUUUAGCGAUUGUCCAAAAAAAUUAAAGUGCCUCAGGCAGUCGAUUCACGGCACAUCAUUUUUCACCUUCAUGUGAGAAUUUCGUCAAUUAUAUUAUCUCACUGUAUCUAAUUAUUUUUGGUUGGUUUUCCCAUUUUGUUUCUUUUUUCUUUUUUGGAUUAUUCUGAAAGACUUUGAUAUAAUGGAUGUCUUGGUGGCCAUCCUAGAUAAUGCAAUGUUCAGAGUAAGCUAUAAUGCUUAACUUCCUCACCCACUGCCACUACGUUCCUUGGCUCAUCUUUCUAAUCUUGCAUAGUGAAUAAGAUGCUAUCUUUCAAAAGAUGGGUGAUUUCUAAGGGCUUAGUCGUCGUAAGAACCUAAAUGCGCCCCAUGAUUCUUUCCUUGGUUAAACCCCAGCACAUGGGCGACUAAAAUGACAGGCUGAUGAAAUUUGAUGACUUCAAGCUGCAGAGCCAAACUUUCGAUAAAUAGCUAAGGGAAGAUGUCAUAUAUUCGUCGCUUCACGUAAAAAGCUAACAUGUCGCCUAUUUUUAGUAUUGACGGGUGGUCAGAUGAGGGAUGUCACGUAUCUAAAAGAAGAUCAGAGUACACAGAGUGCAGCUGCAACCAUUUGACUCACUUUGCAGUUUUGUUCGACUACACAGCAGAGGUAAUGGUGUUUGUCUGUUCAUAAUCCACAACAUUUGUUUCAUGAUAAUCAUGGCAAAUCACCAUGUUAUAUAACUACCCACUCCUUCCAGAUUUGAGGUUAAUUUGAAUAUGUUUUCAGAUUUUUCACUGUUGUCAUAUUUACUUAAAGCCGGGAAGAACAUUUUUACUAACGGGGCUUUUGUGCUAUUUUAUAUUGUAAGAAAAAAAAAAAAAAAUACAUAUAUAUAUAUACAUUUUUUUUAGUAUGUCGUCAUUAGUUUUAUUUUGCUUUCCUUUUGCCUGUUAUUACAAUGAAAAAAUAGACAGAAAAAGAUGAGAAGAUAUUGACGAUUCUCACUUACGUGGGACUGAUCUUGUCGCUCAUUGGAAUAAUUCUUACUUUAGCUUCUUAUGCUCUCCUCACGUAAGUAAAAUGUUUUUUUCCUUCUGUUAUGGAAUUAUUUUACUACACUUGGUACUCUCCAACUCUGACCUAUUUAUUUUUAUUUUCAUUUCUCCUAGUUUAGUUCCUUUCCUUCUCAGUUUUGAUAGUAUUGUACAGUUUCUUACUUGAUAUAAAUGGUAUUGAUCUAUUUUCCUAUUUUUGUCUAUCAAUACAGUCUAUAUUUCUUUUCGUUAUCACUAGUGAUGUGCAUCAGCCGCUGUCUCAAGUGAGGUUAAGUCUCGUUGCCUCAUUGGGACUUGGCCAGAUAAUGUUUCUUGCCGGGAUAAAUGCCACACAGGAUAAGGUAAACGCUUGUUUUUUUUCUUUGUUUUGUUUCUUUAAUUGUUUUUGUUUAUUGUUUUUGUUUUUUGUUUUUUAAAAAGUACAACUUAAAACAGAGUCAGUAAAACCGUUUUUUUAGCUAUUUGGCAGUGAAUUCAAAAGAGGAGUGUUGGCUCUAGUCGCAUUUUUGAGGAUUUGAACAGAUUCAUGCUUCUUGUGAUUAUUAUUGAUCACAGCUUGACAACUAUCAGUUUGGACGGAAAGGGGGAGGGAGGGGGCUUGAGAAAUUGUCAUAAGAAGCAGGUGUUUAUGAAGUAACAGAUUCAUGUUGGCAUGAUCGAGACUUGAUUAAUAAAAAAUUAACUUGUGGGGAAAAUAAAGGCUAUAUUUGAUAUAAAAUGUCGAAAGCUAUUAAAAAAAGCCUUUUAAAAAUGAAUCCUUAAAACAAAUAAAACAGUUACAGUUAUAAAUAGCUCAGUCUACUCUUGAUUUUCAGGGUAUUUGUGUCGCAGUGGCAGCCCUGAUGCAGUAUUUUCUCAUGUCAGCCUUUUGUUGGAUGCUUGUCGAAGGAAUUUAUCUUUACCUGUUUGUUGUCAAAGUUUAUAAUAUAAAUGAGAAGAUGGCCAUGUACCAUGCUUUUUCCUGGGGUAGGCUCUUCCACUAUUGCAACAAUUAUUAAAGGCGAUAUCAAGCUUUAGUUAUCAAAAUGAUACUGAUACGUGGUGAUCUCAUUAUCUUUAAAACUUUCCUUUGUGUUAAUUGUAGCUUUUCCAGCUGUUAUGGUCAGUAUUUCAUUGUUAAUUGCUUCAGCGAGGGACGAAAUCGGUAGUUUUGUCAGCAAAGAAUAGUAAGUAUCUGUAUGUAUCUAUUUAAGUUUCAUUAUUUAUUUACUUAUUAAGACAAUUCAGACCAUUUCAGCUUUAGAGCUAGUUUAUUUGGGGACUAUUUAUAAGAUAACAUGGCCAGAUCACCACACCGGGAGCCACGUUCUCUACACUUUGCAACAAUUGUGAGUGAGUUCUGUAUCUUUCCCUGCUAACCAGCACUGAGAAAAUGCAGGAGACAGGGCCUACGGUUCAUCGACCUUAUCCUAGAAGACUACAAUGUCUAACUAUUCGCAGAUGUCAUAGCAAAGGAAACACAUUCUCCUCCCCCUUCUCUCUUCUGUUUCAACUUGUGAUGGCUUGAUUAAACUUCAAGACUAAUAUAAUUAUGUAAUUUGUGUCGUGAAUAAGCUGCUGGCUCUCCAACGCAAAUCAUUCUAUCUGGAUAUUUGCUGUUUUUGUGGUGACAGUGGAAGUUGUAAGUAGAUCACAAUUUUUAAACAUAGCUGAUAGUCUCAUUAGAAUUUUCAAAAUCCAAAAACUCGCAGCAAGAUGUUAUUCAUAUUUUAAAGUUGGGAAGACUUGUAUUGAUGAAGGAUGUAUUUGAAUUAAAAAAAGUGGGACAAAACUAGCCUAUAACGGUCCAAAAAGAAAGGCCUGUUUGCUGUGCGGUCUUGGCUAAAAAAAAAUACGCAUUCUCUUUAUUUGUCUGAAUUUAACAGUCGUUGACAUCUCAAUCAUAAAUUAGGAAAACGGUAAAGAAAGAAGGACACGAACACAAUUGCUUUCCUUGACCGUUGACUGUAAGGGCUUUCGGGAAACAGGCCUAUUGACGUGCAGACAACACUCUCCUUGAAUCCUACAGUAAAAAAUCAUGCUGCUUACUGGUGAAUAAACAAUCACUAAAUUUUCAAGUAUAAAUAUUGCAUUCUCUUGUUGUCAUUGGUUCACUGAACUCCAGUUAUCAGCUCUUAUUCCGAGUCACCUUAUAUGGAAAUGCAUAAAAACAACUAUUCCAUUUGCACUCGUUCGAUACCAAAUAGGCUGUAGCCUAUUACGGGCUAGGCGCCUUGUUGGCUUUCUACCAUCUCAUAUAUGGCGCGUUCAUGGAAUAAUUGUCAAAUAACUGGGGCUCAGACUGAGGUCAACAAGUUAGUAGCUGAGUAGUUGUUGGCAAUUACAUAUGAAUGUUUAGCCUAUUUUAAAUAUUACUAUUUUCUAGCUCAACUUGUUAAUUCUGGCCAGAGUUGUAAAAGAAAUGUCCGGAACAGAGCCAGCUCCAGGAAAUCAUCAGAUAAGGUAAGAGUAAAAAUGAACGUUUGGGACUGGAAAAUGAGAACAAUAACAUGAACAACAAUAACAACAAUAAUGACAACAAAAAACCAGCUUGUUUGUUAUUUCUUAUUAUUUUGUUUUUGUAUUGCUCUGUUUUUUGUUUUUUAUUGUUAUUUUUUUGUUGUUGUUUGUUUCUCUGUCGUUGCUUUUUUUUUUACAGACUCUGCAUCAAGACAUGCGCAGUAAUGAUUCCCUUGCUGGGUGUCACGUGGUUAUUUGGUAUCUUUUCGACGUUUCACAAAGCUUUUGCCUAUAUCUUUACUAUCUUCAGCUCAACUCAGGUAAACCAUUGUUAUGUUUUACGAGACACCAUUAGUGAGCUUUUUAAAUAAGGAAACCUCAAAAUCAACAGCCUUAUCAUUUUUAAGCUGCUCGCAUCAUAGAGAGGUGCAUCUUAUUCUUUUUACAGGGAUUUCUCAUUUUUCUAUUGCAUUGUGUACGAAACACUCAGGUAAGUACAAGUGGUUUUGUUAAUCUUUUUAAAUUAAUCUUUUAGCUUGAUUUUUAUUUCAAUUAUUGACGAUGAUUUUAUUCAAAGUACAAGUCACAAGAGAGACAUGAGGCUCAGUUAAAUGAAAAAUUAAAAUUGACGCUGUAAGACUCGUUAUCUUAACACAGUUACCACCUGAAGUUAAUGCAUAUGGAGAAAACUUACGCUGGUUGUUAAUGUGGUUAAAAGAUUAGAUGUGAAAUUAUGGUGAUAAGCACAUUUUAAACUUUCAGAGACUACCUUAGCCUUCUUAAGAAUUGUCUUCUAAUGCGCAAGUCACCCACUGAACCCAAAAUUUUCAAUCGUCAUAAGCAGCCUGACCGUAUAAGGAAGUCGUAACAUAGGUCCUUUUCGCUUUUUCUAUCACUUAAGGGUCCUUUUGAAGUCUAACUUUUAGGUUCAACUUUGGAAGAUCAUAGCGAGUAAUUUUCAGACACCUUUUUUCCAGGCUGAGACUAAAAAUGUCAUGAUAUCUUUUCCUUUUUGCAGAUUAAAGAGCGUUUGAAUAGAAAGUUUAACGCCGUAUUUCCAGCCACAAAUUAACAGAGAUCUGACAAUAAAUAUUCUCAGUUUUAUAAAAGUGAUGAACCAAAGGAAUGGCUGCAUCGCACCAUAUCUCCUAUAUAUAAACGCAUCUGUAAUUAUCGAUGGAAGAGAUUGGUAGCAGAAAGUAAUGAGGUCAAUGGAGUGAUCUGCCAGUCCUAUAGCUGUCAGGGCCAUGUUGUACAUGAAUACAAUUUUAUAAAACGUUUAGUUUCAGAACCUUUAAUCUGAAUUGUGCUUUACAAGAAAGUAUGGAGUGAACAAGGACCAAUAACUUUAUUGCAUUCAAGCUAAAAUCAAAUGGACGGAAUGAUGAAUUUCAGUCUUACAUAUAGGAUGUCGCCUUAAAGAAACUUUCUCGGCUUUAAAAUGUCUUCUUAAAUAUCGGGCUCCGCUAUAACGCUUUAUGCACAAAAUAGUUGCUGGAAUGCUAGACUAGGAAAACCAGGCUUAAAGGAUAUUCGAAUAAUAACCACAUGGCUUCAUUGAUCGGGUACUUAAAGCACUAAAGUCGUCAACCAAAAUGGGAGCUAGUUGUCAUUUAAAUUGUACUUAUAGAAUAGUUAUGAUGUAUGUAAAACUCGUUAAAGCUGACUUACUUUUCUUGUAUGUAUCUUUGAGAAAUUUGCUAUACUUAAGAUGAUAAUUCUAAACUUUGAACUAGUAAAGGACUGUAUAGAUACAAG